CGCAUGGUGCAACAGUGAUUAGUACGCCGUAUAUCAUCGCCGGUGACAAGCAGCAGUCGCAAGGGUUAACGAGGGGGUCCGGUGGUGGUAGUCUGGUCUCGCCGUCGCAGGCCGCCGCGAGAUGCUGAGAGCCUCACUCGUCCAGUCCAGCGAAUCACGUAGGGUGCUGCGAUUUGUGCCGAGGGCCGUCGCGGCCUGCUAAGAUGACCGCGCGUCUACACUCGCUGAGGCACCAGGAGAAGAAAUCAGCCGGCAACAGUCACAGGCAGCACCAUCAGCAUCAGCAGGCCGUGCAUCAGGGUCCGAGCCCGGCACCGAGCCCCAGCCCCAGCCUCAGCCCGAGCCCGAAACAUUCGGACGGACGAAGAGCUAACAAACCACUAAUGGAAAAACGACGACGAGCAAGGAUCAACCAGUCCUUGGCGGCGCUGAAGGCGUUGAUCCUCGACAGCGCCCGCCUGGAGAACACGAAGCACAGCAAGCUCGAGAAAGCCGAUAUCCUGGAGCUUACGGUCAGGCACCUGCAGCGGCAAAGAUCGCUCGCUCAACCCGGCCUGUCCAGGUACAAAGCGGGAUACCAGGACUGCUCCAGAGAGGUGAGUCGCUAUCUCGAUGCGCCGGACAUCAUUACGGGCAACACAACGCCGAUGGACCCAGCGGUGAAGCAGCGGCUGCUUCGUCACCUCGACAGCUGCGUGUCCGAACUCGACCUGGACUUGGGCUCGCGGCCGGACAGCGGCCUGGGCAGCAGCCCGGGCAGCGUGACGGACCGCGCGGGGGCGACCAGCCCGGGCCCGCUGGACCACCACGUGCCGGUCGGGCCGCACUGCAGCGCCGCGCUCACGCCGGCCGGCCUGAUCAAGUCCGAGAUCCCGGAGAUGGUGGAGGCGGCACGUCCCGACAGCAGCACCACCGCUGGCGACGAGAACAACAACAGCAGCCGGCCAACGUCGGCCUUCAGCCAGGUGAACCCAGCGGCGUUGGAUCCGCACCAUCCGCAUCACCCGUCGGGCAUACCGGUCGACCAGGCCUCCACGUCGCAGCAGAAUCCCAACAUGCUCUCCGUGGUGCAAGUGAUACCCUCCCGACUGCCGGAUGGCCAGGUGGUCUUUCUGCUGCCGAGCCACUACGUGCAACUAGCGGCGGCCGCCGCGGCGAACGGCAUCAGCAUCGGGCCCAAUCCGCCAACGGCGAUCUGGGCGGCGACCAACAUGUCGUUGCUCAAGGCCACCGAUAAGCUGGCGAAGCGGCCACACGAGGACAUCGGUCAGGAGUGGCAAGAUCCCACCGGCGGUCUCAAGCCCAGCAAGAGCCCGAGGAUGGAGCAGCCGGAGCAACCGCUCGACUUCACCACCACGUCCAAGAAGAUGAAGACCGCCGGCGCGAGAAAUUCAACGCAUUCCGGCGCCGAUCAUCAUCAUCAUCUGCGGCAGCAACAGCAACAACAGCAACAGCAGCAAACCUCAGUCCGUUUGCCAACCGAGACCGGCGGUCCCAUCGUUCACGAGGACAGGCCGUCUAGUCACGCGGACAACGAAGUCGCCAUCGGCAUGCCGUCUCCGUCACCCAUCGGCCAGCAACCCGUAAAAGACGAGGAGGGCAUGUGGAGACCAUGGUAAAAAAGAUCCGAGGCUCUUUAUCUUUGUAAAUAGAUAUGUAUGGAGCGCGCGUACGAAACCGGAAGUUUGGCGUGCGCGGCUGCAAUCGUCGUCCGCUGCGAAAAUCUUCCUUACACAGAUUACUAUGAUUAAGUCGCGUAUACUUGGCACCGAGUAAUCGAUCUUGCCUGGUUAACAAAACUGACGAUUUUUAUAUAUAUAUAUAU